AUGCCUGCCAAGCGCAAGGCGGCCGACGGCGGCACCUCCAGCAGAGCCUCGAAACGUGCCACGCCCGUCCCCGAUGUUGAGGAUAUCACCAGUGAUGACGAUUAUUCGGACGGAGAUGAUGCACCGGAGUCCUCCAACUUGAAAGAGGUCGUCGACAAGUUCUCUCUCCAAACAUUCAGCAAGAAGGCACAGGUGGAUAAGACGGACCCCCGAUUUGGCUACAAAGAUCUUUCUUCCCUGCCGUUGAAGCGCGACCAUUACAACCGACCAUUAUGGAUCGAACCCAUCAAAGGCACCAUCACUCUGGAGAGCUUUUCCCCGUUGGCACCCCAGGCUCAAGACUUUCUGACCACCAUCGCUGAACCUCUUUCCCGUCCGACACACCUACACGAAUACCGCUUGACUGGUCACAGUCUAUAUGCAGCGGUUUCAGUCGGUCUCAAACCGCAGGAUAUCGUCGAGUUUCUGGAUCGGCUGUCGAAAACACCACUGCCUGAAACCAUUCGGAACUUCAUUAUCGAGUUCACAAAAUCCUACGGAAAGAUCAAGAUGGUGUUGAGGCAUAACCGGUACUACGUGGAAACGACAGAUCCUGAAAUGCUUCAACGCCUGUUGAAAGACGAAGUAAUUGGACCGCAGAGAAUGGACAAUACUGAAGGUAUUAUUGAACGAGCUGCUCCGAAAAUGGGCGGUCUCGUCAUUCCCGGAACCAAGGAUGCGGCCGGUGUCAGAGAGACCACACAGCAGGAGACCACGACUGCCCGGGAUGAAAAUGAGGAAGAAGGAGCAGCCGUUAAUUACGGCAUCGACGAUGUGGGCGAGGACGAUCGCGAAGAAGCCAUCACUUAUAGUUUCGAAAUCCCGGCUGCUGGAGUGGAAGUAGUCAAAGCCCGCUGCCAAUUCAUCGGUUGUCCUGCUCUAGAAGAGUACGAUUUCCAGGGAGACACAAUCAACCCCAAUCUGGACAUGGAUCUGAAGCCUGCUGCUCGGAUUCGUUCUUACCAGGAGAAGAGUCUUAGUAAGAUGUUCGGUAACGGACGAGCGAAAAGUGGUAUUAUUGUGCUUCCUUGUGGUGCCGGUAAAACUUUGGUUGGUAUUACUGCCGCGGCUACUAUCAAGAAGGGUACCAUCGUUCUCUGUACCAGUUCCAUGUCCGUGGUUCAGUGGCGAAACGAGUUCUUGCGGUGGACGACGAUCGACCCUGGUGAUAUCGCUAUUUUCACGUCUGAUCACAAGGAGAAGUUCAAGCGGUCGACGGGUAUCAUUGUAUCCACCUACUCAAUGGUGUCACAAACCCGGGCUCGAUCAUAUGAUGCCCAAAAGAUGAUGGACUGGCUUCAAUCCAGAGAAUGGGGUAUGAUGAUUCUGGACGAGGUGCACGUCGUGCCGGCAUCGAUGUUCCGAAAGGUCACAUCUGCAAUUGCCGCACAGAGCAAGCUCGGUCUCACUGCAACGCUGCUGCGUGAGGAUGACAAGAUUAAGGAUUUGAACUUUUUGAUAGGACCGAAGCUAUACGAAGCAAACUGGAUGGAACUUGCUGCCCAGGGCCACAUCGCCAAAGUGCAGUGUGCUGAGGUGUGGUGUCCAAUGACAACGGAGUUUUACUCCGAAUAUCUGCGGGAGAGCUCCAGAAAGCAAGCCCUGCUGUACAUCAUGAACCCUCGCAAGUUCCAGGCCUGCCAGUUCCUGAUCGACUUCCACGAAAAACGAGGUGACAAGAUCAUUGUGUUCUCCGACAAUGUGUAUGCUUUGGAGCGAUAUGCACUCAAGCUGAACAAGGCAUACAUUUUCGGUGGAACUCCUCAAAACGAGCGCAUGCGUAUUCUGGAGAACUUCCAGCACAACGAGCAGGUCAACACUAUCUUCCUGUCCAAGAUUGGUGAUACCUCGCUCGAUUUGCCAGAGGCCACCUGCCUGAUCCAGAUUUCGUCCCACUACGGUUCACGUCGUCAGGAAGCCCAGCGUCUUGGGCGAAUUCUGCGAGCCAAGCGCCGAAACGACGAGGGUUUCAAUGCUUUCUUCUACUCUCUUGUGUCUAAGGAUACACAUGAGAUGGUCUACUCUGCCAAACGGCAAGCCUUUCUGAUUGACCAAGGUUAUGCUUUCAAGGUCAUCACUCAUCUCCAAGGUAUCGACAGCUACGAAGGACUAUCGUACGCAACGCCAUCCGAGCGUCGCGAACUUCUGCAAGAAGUCAUGCUCCAGAAUGAAUCCUCAGCCGACGUGGAGCAGGUCAACGAUGACUUGUUCUCCAUGCGCACGGGGAAGAAAGGCCCAGCAAAGAAAGCAGGUGCGAAGCGCAGUGCGGCCACUCUCAGCGGUUUGGCUGGCGGUGAUGACAUGGCUUAUAUUGAGUACAACAAGAGCAGGAACAAGGCGCUCAAGGACAAGGGACACCAUCCGCUGUUCAAAAAGAUGGAGCGAGACCGACAGCGUCGGAAGAAGGAUAGAGAGGGCGCGGAUUGA